AUGCGGGCUGCGGCGCGAGGCUGCGCGGGGCCGCCCGCUGGGGCCGCGCGCGGGAGCGGGAGCAGUGAGACGGGUGCUAGGGCCGCACGGGACGGGGGUGAGACGAGCGAGCGGCGGCCUCCGACGGAUGGGGGAGGAUGGGGGCGAGGCUGCGGCCUCUGGAGGCCGGCAGAGCGCGGGCGAGCAGGCGGCCGGGAGAGGGCGGAGCCGCAGAAAUUCCCUCAGAGCGCGGCCGGAAAUUCCGCCCGGAAAUUCCGGUGGGGAGGAAGAAAAGAAAAAAACAGAAAAAAAAAGCUGACAAUUGGACUCCACGUGUCAGUGGGUGAUCCCACUUGUGAUGUCCCCAAACCAAACAGAAAAUGGUGGACAGACUGCAACCUUGCUGGUGCACUUGGGCUGUUGAGGAUUCUAAUUUAUAAGGUUUACGCUGAUGGGACAACCACCAUGUGUACUCAUGAAAGAAAAGCAAACAUCAGGGAAUUUUAUGCUGUCAUAUUUCCCUCCUUGAUGCAAUUACAUGAAGGAAUCAACGAAGUGGAGGAUAAAAAACAGAAAGCAAUAUGUCUAGAGAGGUACAGAAGACGAGAUGAGGAUCAGAAAACUGUGAUAUCAGAGAUUGAUGAUAAUAUAGAGGAGGAAUGUGGCAUAUGCAUGGAGAUAAACAGCAAAGUUGUUCUUCCAACUUGUAGCCACGCUAUGUGCAUUAAAUGCUACCGCGACUGGAGGUUAAGAUCCCAGUCCUGUCCGUUCUGCCGCGACAGCCUCAAGAGGGUAAACUCUGCUGACCUGUGGGUAUACACAGAUAACAAGGACAUCGUUGAUGUGGCGACAGUCCGAAGAGAGAACCUGAGGCGACUCUUCACGUACAUAGACAAGUUGCCCACCGUCAUCCCAGAAUCUGUGUUUGACGUCUACGACUCCCAUGUAAAGUGA